AUGGAAACAAAAGUGAAAAUAAUUGAGAGAGUGGAGAGAGAUGAAAAGAUGGUAGACAUCGCUUGUUCUUACAACAUGAAUCAUUCAACCACUGGCACACUUCUAAAGAAACAGGACAAGAUCAUGGAACAUGUGAAGUCUGCUGUGCCAAGGAUGUUGACAAUAAUAUUGAAGAAGUGUGGAAAAGUGAUGGAGGAGAUGGAGAAACUUCUCAGUGUGUGGCUGCAGGAUCAGCAUCAGCGUCGAGUCCCACUCAGCUUAAUGGUGAUUCAAGAGAAAGCUAAAAGUCUUUAUGAAGACUUGAAGAGAAAACACAGUGAAGAAUCAGAGGACGCAUCUUUUAAUGCCAGCCAUGGCUGGUUUCAUUGA